UUCGUGCAUUGUGUUUUUGCCUCUUCGUCCCCAUCUUCAAAACACACACACACACACAGUCACACACAGAUCAACACAUGAUUGUUAACUUGUAAAUGCGUCAGAAGAAACCCAUCAUUCAAUUCGUUGAACAACAACAACAACAACAACAACAACAUUAUUCCGAUUCAAAAAACCCCAAUUUCAAAACCCAAAUCAAACUCUCAUCCAAUUACAAUGAACUUCAAAACCCACAAACCACAAUGCAAAAACCUCUGUUUUUCAACCAUCAAAAUCAAUCUAACCUCAUGAAAAACCACCAUAAUAGAAGAACCCACAAGUCUUUAAUCUGUUGUUCAUCUUCCGAAGCUCUUUUAGCCACAAAGGCAGUUGCUUCAAAGCUCUUGAAGCUUAAAACCCCUUCAAGAGUUGUUAUCCUCCUCUGUUUUCCUUCAAUCUACCUUUUUUCGUUAAAUUAUCACAAAAUCUUCUAUCUUUAUCUACUUUUCUUGAUAAUCAUUGCCAUUAGUCUUCUAUCUGUUCUUAAUCUUGCUUCAAUUCGGUUAUUUGCGGCUAGAAGUUUCCCAAUUUUGAGUUUUUUUAACGCAUCAAAAACACGCACACCAGUUGUUUGGUCAAUUGGCUCAAAGAACCGGUUUGAGGAGAACACAGUUUCUGGGUUGCUGGUGAAGGUGUACAGCAAUGGGGAUGUGUAUGAGGGUGAGUUUUAUAAAGGAAAGUGUUCUGGAAGUGGGGUGUAUUACUACAACAUGAAUGGUAGAUAUGAAGGUGAUUGGGUUGACCAGAAGUAUGAUGGUUAUGGUGUUGAAACAUGGGCUAAAGGGAGCAGGUAUAGAGGGCAAUAUAGGCAAGGAUUGAGACAUGGGUUUGGGGUUUAUAGGUUUUAUGUUGGAGAUAUGUAUGCUGGUGAAUGGGUUAAGGGUCAGUGUCAUGGGUAUGGUGUUCAUACUUGUGAAGAUGGUAGCAAGUAUUUUGGAGAGUUUAAAGCAGGUGUUAAACAUGGGCUUGGUCAUUAUCAUUUCAGAAACGGUGACAAGUAUGCUGGCGAGUAUUUUGCAGACAGAAUGCAUGGUUUCGGUGUAUAUAAAUUUGCAAAUGGACAUCGUUAUGAAGGUGGUUGGCAUGAAGGAAAAAGACAAGGGUUCGGUUUGUAUACUUUCAGACACGGCGACACUCAGUCUGGUCACUGGGAAGACGGUGUUCUUAGCACCAAUCAACAGUAUCCUAUGCCUGCUUGUCAUGCCAAAGUUCUUAAAGCAGUUGAGGAAGCCAGACGAAUAGCUGAGAAAGCAAUGGCUAAAACCGGUGUGGAUGAGAAAGUGAAUAGAGCGGUGGCAGCAGCCAACAGGGCGGCAAAUGCAGCGAGGGUGGUGGCAGUUAAGGCGGUGCAGCGGCGUGUGCACCACCAUGAUGAUCCUACGCUAGUCAUUGUCUGAACCGUUUGUCGGGAAUUUUUGUUUAACCCAGUUAGCGAUCGAGAUAACUGUAUCGUUAGGUCUAUGCACCAAAGUGCUUUGGUUUUUAGGUUCAUGUGUAAAGUUGAAUGUAAGUGUAUAUAUAUUUGUAAUUGUAAUUUAACAUAGUGGUUGUUAAUGUGUGUUUGGCUUGUAAUGAGUACAUGUGCACCAGAUAUUUAUUUAAUAACAGUUGAUUAAUUAUUAA